AUGGCUAGAAAUGCCUCUAUUAAAGCAGGUGGCAGUGGUCGUAAAACACGCAGCAGCCGCAGUCAACAAGUUGAAUCCCAUCGCGAAUCCCAGGACGAUACAAAUCCAAAUACAAACAAUCCUUCAAAUUCACAGAAGAUUUCAAAAAAAAGAAAGAAUGAUAUCGUCGAUGAUCAACAACAAGAUGCUGAUUACACGAUAACUAUGCUAGAAACUUCGAAAACUAAAUCUCUUGAAAAGGUUGGAAUAAUGGUAGGCGCCAAAACCUCUCGAAACCGACUUCUGGAUCUCCUCUCAAAGCAUGUCACCAAGAAGCGACCUAGGAUAUCCAAUGAUCAACAGAAUCAGCCCGCGGCAACUGUGGAUACGACAACAGACAACAGUAUCAUAGUGGAGCAAGAAGAAGACUCACCAGAGGUUGAAGUCGAUUUUUCAAAUUUUGAUAUACCCGACUUGGUCAAAAUGAUCUCUGGCGUUGGGGUGGACAGUAGGGGGAUGGAUAAGGCUGAACUGGUACAGAACUGCAAAAUAUACCGAGAUCUAAUCAUUGUACCGCCGAAGCGCACCGUCGAUCUAAACACCUUCAAAAAAGGAGUCAAAUUCACGUUCCAAUCAGAUCCUCAAGCAUCAUGCCAGGCUGGUCCGAGCAAUUCAAACACACAAGAACUAACCGCAAGACCAACGGUACAUAUACUUCCCAGUCUUGAACACAGAAGAUUUGUACAUCCUCGACCAAAGCCAACAAUCUUGAGCACGACACCAGCUUCGUCCAACAAUAAAGGGAAGGAAAGAGAUAUGGAGGAAGGUGAUGAUGAUUAUGAACCGGAUCAGGAAGUCGGAGACGAUGAGGAAUCAGGAGACUGUAUUGAGACCAGUCGAGUACGAAAAGGGAGUAGAAGAAGUAGUAAAGAGGCGGGGGAUCAUCAAGAAGAAGGUUUGGGUUCAUCGGGGAUGGAUAGAGAGAAUACGACAAAAAACAAUAGAGAAAGACCAUCAUACGACGAGAACAGAGACUAUACAAGAAGUGAUGAUCCAGGUCACCCUUCUUACAACGAGAUGAAGCGUUUGUGGCAAAUCACAGACGAAAAGGUCAAUAGACUUACUGAUGAGGUGAAAGCUUUGACUCAAGUGGUGGAUAGACACGUGAAUGGAACUCCCGAGAAGAGGUUCCAAAAUAAGACCCGUGGUGGCCGUAUAUCAGCAUACAUCAGGUUUCAUAUUAGUGUGAUGCUCGGUCAAAAAUCAGACACGGACCCACUCCCACCACCCGCGCGCCCUGAAGAUAAAGACAAGUGGAUAUACGAGAAUGAUCUCGAUAGUGUUGAGAUCAAUGUUCAAGAUUUGCCCUUACACGACGAUGAAGAUGCUGAAGAUUCAAACCCAGAUGGUCCUGGACAUCCAGAUGCGUCUCCUCAACAAUUAGCAAUAAUCCGAAAAUUAAUGCAUUCGGUUGGUUUGGAAUCCUUUCGCCCCGAUUUUAGUCAAUCUGCACAAUCACUAGACAAUAAGUGGUUAUGGGAUAUUUCAGAGAAGAUUUUUCUUAAGUUGGCUGAAUGCGGCGAGUAUCCAGGAGUUCCCUUAGACGGCGAGGAUAAGGAGUUCAUCAAAAGAUACUUUAGUACCCAUUUUCAGAGCUUGAAGAAAAGAUAUCGUAAGGGGCAGUGGGAAGAAGAUCGUCAGAAGGCUGCAACUGACAUGAACAGGCGUACAACCAGGCUAGGUCGGCUCAAAACCGCUCGAAGAAAAAUUGUGCUAGCAAAUCAACGACUUUGGCCUCUCAUACCGAUUGUUGAAGCUGCUUGCAGUGAUGACGAAACUGAUACCGAAAGCUCUUCAAUCAAUUCUUCUCCAGGAGAGACAGGCUCAAUAAUAGUUCGGAAUAUCUCGUGGCGUAGUGGGGAGUUGGCUGGUGUAUGGAAACGCCUCGACAGCUGCCAAUCUCGUCAAAAAGACAGUCUUACCGCAUCCAACUCAUCUCCUAGAGGGCGUCGCUCCCGUCCUCGUCUUCGUAUGCAAAAUGCACCUGCAAGUAGGAUUUCGGUUCCCAAAAACCUCCCGACGGACUGCUACUCAAAAGACUUUUUGGAUAGUCUCACUUCCAAACAAAAAUCUCCACUCGAUAUCGAUCCUACACCUGUCUUACCUGCCAUACUUAUUGCCUUAGACACGCUUGGUUUCUAA